UGGGGGGCGAUAAAGACUACGUCAGACAACGCGGUCACUCGACUCCACGAAGCUCCUUGUUUGUGUCGUAGUGAAUGUUGUAUUAUUAACGUCUUUCACCCUCACGACUGUCUGUCGAGCUGUGGACUUCUAGAUGAGGCCGUCAUGUCGGACAGACACCGGGCGCUGCCGUCGUGGAUGUCGAACGAGGACAAAGUGAAGGAGAAGAAGGAGCCGCUGCCGCAGAGGAGCAAACGGACAUGUGCCCGAUCAGUUUUCUACUGCAUGAACGAGAAGGAGCUGGUGGAAGCUGCUGUGUCGUAUCUUACCGACGGUGCCUGCGGCGACCGUGUGGCUCUGCGGACCGGCCACAAGGUGAGUGAAAAGGCCGAAGACAUCACUGUGAAGACGAGGAUGAAACCUGCCUCCUCCAAGACGGAAGCAAAGUCAGUGACAGAGGAGUCCUCGGACUGCGGCGACGCCCAGGAGACGACGUACAUUUCAGAAACAGACUUGGACACAACUGAGGUGGAAACUGUGCCACACGCAGAGAGCCGACCGCGCCGGGCACCUGAGGGUCAGAUGUCAGGACCAGUUCAGGAUCCAGCUAAACCGGAGCCCGGAAAACGAGAGGAGCCCCCACAGACAUCGGCAGAUGUAGCAGAGGAGGACGAUGACUUGAGGCUUGUGCGGGAAAUAUUUUUUACCUGAUAAUGAACUUAAAUGCCAUUGAGAUGUCUUCACUUGCAACUAGGAAACAAAUCCCCUCUCACUGGGGAAUGUUACCAUAAUUACAAUUUCACAGGACAGUCCAGUCAGUACUUCCUCCGCAGAGCUGCAAACUGGAGCAUUUAAUCAAUGUUGCUGAGAUGUAAAAUGUCGCACAGUGAAAGUAAACACUGAUACCAGUCGUCAACACUUCAAACACAUCAAAAGUUGUCAAUGCCGUGUCACUGUUAAUAAAGCUGCUACAUUUUUUUUACAUUAAACUUU